UUCAGAAGAUGAAAGUUUUCCUACUUCUUUAAUACGGGAAAUGCCCUAUUAACAAAUAACUCAGUGUUUUGCUCUAAAAAAUUAUAUAAAGGAAUAAUAUUGAUGAACUUCAUUGAUUAACACAAAAGAUAUUUUAUAAAAAUGAAAAAGAGUAACCGAAUCUUAUUUUCUUGAGACGGAUCAGGUGAUUGCAUCAGGACAUACGAGGACGAGGUUCGUUCGUUGUAAUCGUUAUCCCCAAAAAAUGACGGCCAAACCUGUCACUGCCACGUGUGAACCCGAUCUCCCUCUUCUCUCUUUGUAUUCGCUUGGUCGUUCGAUUUCACACCGGUCGCGUCUUUAUCUCAUCAUCUUCCUCGAAACGUGCAACACACAAAUAUAGGGUUUAAAAGAUUGCAGAUUCAAUCUCUUCUCUCUCUAAAUAUCAGAUUAUAAAUUUUGGUUACGUAGAAGUUAGAGAAGAGAUAGAGAGAAGCAAAAAUGGAUCACGAAGCAGAUGCGUACCGUACGGAUUUGAUGACAAUAACGAGAUUCGUGUUGAAUGAGCAAUCAAAAUACCCAGAAUCUCGUGGGGAUUUCACGAUUUUGCUCAGCAACAUCGUUUUGGGCUGCAAAUUCGUCUGCAGUGCAGUCAAUAAGGGCGAAGAGCAAAAGAAACUUGAUGUGCUCUCUAAUGAUGUCUUUGUCAAAGCUUUAGUUAGCAGUGGCAGAACUUCUGUUCUUGUCUCCGAAGAAGAUGAGGAAGCUACGUUUGUGGAAUCAUCCAAGCGUGGAAAGUACUGUGUUGUUUUUGAUCCACUUGAUGGAUCUUCAAACAUUGACUGUGGUGUCUCCAUUGGAACAAUCUUUGGAAUUUACACGAUGAACCACACUGAUGAGCCAACGACAGAAGAUGUCCUGAAACCCGGGAAUGAAAUGGUCGCAGCGGGUUAUUGUAUGUACGGAAGCUCCUGCAUGCUUGUGUUAAGCACUGGAACGGGUGUCCACGGAUUUACCUUGGACCCAUCUCUAGGAGAGUUCAUAUUAACUCACCCUGACAUUAAGAUACCAAAAAAGGGAAACAUUUAUUCAGUGAAUGAAGGCAAUGCACAGAACUGGGAUGGUCCAACUACAAAGUACGUAGAGAACUGCAAGUUUCCUACCGAUGGUUCUCCUGCAAAGUCUCUGAGAUAUGUUGGAAGUAUGGUAGCUGAUGUUCAUCGUACGCUACUUUAUGGAGGAAUCUUCUUGUACCCUGCGGACAAGAAAAGCCCCAAUGGGAAAUUGCGUGUCCUCUAUGAAGUCUUCCCGAUGUCGUUCUUGAUGGAGCAAGCCGGAGGUCAGGCCUUCACGGGAAAGAAAAGGGCGCUAGACCUUGUCCCGGAGAAGAUUCAUGAGCGUUCUCCGAUAUUUCUUGGUAGCUACGACGAUGUAGAGGAGAUUAAGGCUCUGUAUGCUAUGGAGGAGAAGAAGAACUAAGCAUCUUCACAUUCUUCUUAUUCUCUCACUUUGUCUCUCUUAUUCUAUAUGUUCUUCUGUUGAGACGAACCAAAUGACUCAUAUAUACAAAGAAGACAUUUUCUCUGUUUUCAAUGCACAUAUAAUAAUGUUCUUUCAUUAUACUAUAUUAAUUUGUCUUCAGCUUAAAACAUUAUUGGUAGAUCAGUCCAAGCAUAUCCGUCGAUUGAU